AUGAGCGUUGAUGCGAAUGACCACACGGAGGUGAAUGAGUGGGCGAUUCAUUCAUCCGUGGAGCCGUCGGAUACCCCCAUCGCUCCAGCCGACACCCACCCCCUCGCCACUGCAGCCGCAGAUGAGGCACGUAAGAGUGCGGCAGAUGACGACGAGCGUGAAUCACGUCUACUUGAACUAAUUAAAGGUCCGAUUCGCCCAUUUAAAGAAUGGAGUUGGCGUGAAUCUGCAUAUUUUAAAGAGCUGCGUGAAGCCGAAAAUGUAGAAGAGUGUCGUACGAAUGCCAAGCCAGAAAUGACAUUUGAAGACACUUCGGUGCAAUCGCCAGAAACUUGCGGUAACCCACCGAUUUCCGCCAAAUGUUCUCUGGCGCGCGGGCGUAUACACACGGCUCUCUCCUGCGAAGCUGUCCAGACUGUUUUAUCUUCUUCCCAGAGCAGCCGGCCGUCCGCUAUAGACUCCACCCUGAAUGUAUUGACUCCCUUGCUCGACAACUAUACAAUUCCUAUUACGCGUCAGGGGCCCGAGCACUUCAGCAGUGAUGCUCAAGAGAGUGUGGCGUCACUCUGCAUUAUCAUGGUUGGACUCCCUGCGCGGGGCAAAACGUUUCUGGCGCAAAGGAUAUGCCGAAAUUUGGGAUGGCACGGCUAUCGCGCAAAAGUAUUGAACAUUCAGGUGGCGUGGCGGCGUUUGUUACUUGAAUACAAAAGAUGCCAUUCAGGACUCGAUGCUCCCAACAUGUUACCGGUUGAUGACGCCUCCUCUUCAGCCAAAUGUACGCUUGCCAAGUCGGAGGGGACGUCGAAAAAAUCACCGACAGUAACUUGCAGCAACAGUGAGAGAGACACGGAAAUAACUGCGAAGCAAAAGGAUAUAUCCGAUCCCGUAGUCUCUUCAUUGCCUGAGUCUUCUUUGCCGAUGAUGGGGAAUUCGCAGAAAAAGAACUACGUGUGCGCAGAACAAUUUCGUGCACUUACUUGUGACCCUGAUAGUGUCGAACGUCGUCUUUAUCGACGUGUACUCGAGCGGUAUGCUGUCGACGCAAAAUCGUUUUAUGCUAGUGGCGGAGAUGUACUCGUUGUGAACGAUGAUUUCAUUACGGAGGAGCUGCGGGAUGAGGCGGAGGCCCUUUUUUCUCCGUUGGCUUCACAAACCUUUUUUAUGGAAGUUAUCCGAAGUAAUGAAAGAAAUCAAAAGUUUAAUGAAUUGAAGCUGCAUGAUAAGUCAGAGUACCCACAUGACGUGAAUGCAAGUGAGGCUCAACGAGACUUUGCACGCCGUAUUGAAUACCUCACUGAAGUGUACUCCACGCUCUCGUCUACAUGCCAGAGUCCUGGAGAACCUUCUGAGGAUGAGGUGACAUUGGGCGAUGUGUCACGUGAGAAGGAUAAAGUACCGGGGAAAACGACACGAAGGAAGCAACGAGGGCGGCGGUAUAUGAAACUGUGGAAUUCGGUGGAGAUUGAAGUGCACGGUGUGACGGGUUAUACGGCAAGCCGCAUUGUCUCAUAUGUAAUGAAUCUGACCCAAGACAAGAUUCAACAUCCCAUUUUUUUUGUUCGACACGGAGAGUCGAUAUACAACGCUGAGAAUCGCAUUGGUGGGGAUUCUGUCCUGAGCGCCGAUGGGGAAAAGGGAGCCAAUGAAAUAUUAGGCUUUUUAGCCUCAUUGAAGAGGUACUACUGCGCAGAUACAAAAAAGACGGCAGACGGAGAAGGACAUGUGAACAACGACGAUGAUAAAGCGGGAGGGUUCUGCAGUAGCGAUUGCAGUGCUCAGUGUGAGAAGCCGGUGAAAGUGGAGGUUUGGACGAGUCAGCUGCGCCGUGCGAUUCAGACCGUCGAGAACAGUGAACCGUUGUUGGGGAUUAAAAAUGUACGUUGGAGUAGUCUCAAUGAAAUUCACGCUGGUAUUUGUGAGGAUCUCACAAUUGAAGAGGUGCGCACGCAGCACCCGAUGAUUGACCAUUUCCGCAAAGUCAACAAGUACACCUUUCGUUAUCCGGAAGGGGAGAGCUACCAGGACCUAGUUCUGCGGUUGGAGCCGGUGAUCAUGGAACUUGAAAACGCCGACCGCAUCGUCGUCGUCGUCGCCCAUCAGGCUGUACUGCGAACGCUGCUAGCGUACUUUGGCAGCACCUCCGCGGAGAGUUGUGUACGGCUGGAGUUGCCGCACCGCACCAUCUGGCGCUGCACAUAUGACAGCAAAGGGAUUUCCUCACUGGCCGAGAUGAAGUUUGGGCUGCAGUGA